AUGUCGUUCAAACGCAACCAUGCUCAAACUGUCAGUCAAGUGGAAGCAAGUGUGAGGUUGUUCCCUCGCGACGCGGACGGUGAGAGUGUAUCUCCUGAUAGUUUGUUUACUGGUGGUUCUGACAAGAUCUUGGGCAGAUAUCCACGCAAGUCACGAGAGCAACGUGCGUCCGUAGGGACAUCCAUGCCAGAACCUGAUAGUAACACUGGCCAUAUUGAUGCUAGUUCAACUUCAGUGCAAAUUGUGCAGGCCUCACCAUCUGGUACUGGCAGCAGUGCCAGCGUGGAUCCCGAGUCCGCAUCUAACCACCACGUCCCAACCCCGGAGAGAGGGAACACGUUCUUUUUUGGGGAGUCAAAUCUCCUUACAUACGUGACUGGACCACCUUCUGGGAGCGAUCCAGCUGGUAAUGCAGAUUUUGCAAACAAACAGCGACUGUCUUAUCCUUUGUCAACCACUCCGCGCGGACACAUGGAGAACACAACAUGCGACUAUGUUGAACCAACCCGAGAAAACUACUUGCGACAGAAUGGCGCCUUCAAUUUUCCAGAACCUGAAAACUGCCUCCCGGCAAUCAGAGCUUAUUUUGCUUGGUUUCAUCCCUGUUUUCCCAUUCUUGACCGAGCCGAGGUUGCUCACCGAAUUAACACAAGGGAUAUUUCGCCACUCUUACUACAAGCUUUACUGUUCAUUGGCACCAACUAUUCCGAUGAGCGAUCUGUAUUGUUAAUGGGAUUCAAGGAUCGUUCCGAAGCCAAAUCUUUAUUGUAUAAUCGGGCAAAAUUACUUUUCGAAGCCGAUUGGGAGCAAGAUAACAUCACAACACUACAAGCUUUAUUCCUUAUGAGUUUUUGGCGAGGCAGUCGGAGUACAGCUCGAGAUGUUCGCUAUUGGCUAGGAGUAGCAAUUACUGAAGCGCAGUUGUGCGGUCUCCAUCGAUCGACACGCUUUACGACGCGAAACAAUCGAACAGCGCGGCUGCGUCGAAGAAUCUGGUGGUCCAUAUAUGUUCGUGAGCUACAAUCGUCUUCGUCGCUUGGCUUACCACGGCGGAUCAGAGAUGAAGACUGCGAUAUCGAGCCGCUCACAGCUGGCGAUCUAGAGGAAGACUAUGAUGGGUCUAUUGCAUCUUCUUUUGGUAGAUGUGAGCCUGAGCAUGUAGUUUAUGUCUUGAAGAUGACGCACAUGGCUCGACUGCUCGGAAGGGUGGUUGACAUUCAGUUUGCGCCGAAGCGCCAAUAUGCAACCACGACAGAAGAUUUAGAGACAGUUAAACAAGAAUUGGAAGAAUGGAAAGACACCUUACCAGUUGGUAUGCGCCCAGGGGCUAGUGAAGGAAAUGUCUCUGUGUGGUCCAGCUUACUACACUUGUCAUACAGUCACCUACGGAUCUUGAUUCAUCGAAAUGGCUUUCUGCGGAAUCAGAGAGCUCAAGACGAUCGAGACAAGCAAGCUGCCACUGCUGCCGCAAACCAAAUCAGCAGGAUUGCAGAGGAUAUGCUUUCACAGCAAACCAUCCAAUACGGCCAAAUGCAUCUUAUCACCGGGUUAUUUGCAGCGCUCUGUAUACAUGUCAUCAACAUCCGAACAACCGACGGUGUAAAUAAGCGAUUAGCAGAAAACCGUGCUCAAAUAUGCUUGCUAGGGCUGAAUGAGAUCCAAAAGUAUUGGCGAGUUAACAACCUUGUUCUCGACUUCUUCUUUCAAUACCUAGAUGAUUCCACUGCUAGAAUCCUACUCGCUGCCGACACCGAACGCCAGGGGUUCGGAAAGGCUUCUAUCGCCUCGUCUGCACGACAUCCAGACAUGCUCACAGAAAGUGGAGGCCCUACAGUGCCUCAGAAUGCAACUCAAAUCACGCCCCAGGAAAACCCGAUGUCAUUCCCAUCAUCGACUGCAGAUGCGCCUGGACCUCCGGAGGAUCAAUAUUGGAAUUUCGUACGGAUGAAUUGGGAGGGUGAUGAGAAUAACCCUGCGAAUAGCGACCUCGGUUUUCUUUGGGAUGCGCAACUUUAUGCUAACCUGGAUUUCCUCGAGAAAUGUAUAUGA